UCGAACGGGUUUUAAAAUGCAGAAAAUCCAACGGAUGUCCCCAACGUAAAUACAGAGACUCGAUCAGAGAGUUCAUAUGAAUCAGAACCUCUCCAGAUGUGAGAAUUGCCCUUAUUUCUUUUCACAUUUUGAUCGAAAUUUCUCUAUCAUAUCAAAUGUGCUGCUACACCAUGCCAAAUAAUCAAAACCAGAGCACGAAACAACAUAUACUCGAAUUUGCAAAGCAAGUCGAUCCCCAAACGAAAACACGUGCUCCGGUCAACCGCCGGCCGCUCCACCAGCUCCGGUGUCACCACUCGCCACCUGCUACGCCGCCGUCCCAAUCUUACAAUUACCCAUUUCCGCUGCGCCGUGGGCACACUUCCAGUGCCGAGCAGCAAGCUCGCUUCCGCCUACACCCAAACCAAAGCGAGGCAUUUCAUCGAACACAACGACCCCCCGUUGCAAACCAUGCUGCUCACCAAUCCCCACCCCUCCCUCGCCGCCGCCGCCGCCGCCUCCACGCCGACCCCGAAGCAUGGCCUGAACGCUAACCGCGUUGCGGCCCUGACCCCGUCAGCCUCCCACCGCAGCGGCGGUCUCCGGGUCUCCGCCGCUUCCGUGGCGGCGGCGCAGCCCACGCCGGCGUCCCCUGUAGCGGCGCUGAGCCGCGUGGACGUGCUGUCGGAGGCGCUCCCGUUCAUCCAGAGGUUCAAGGGCAAGACGGUGGUGGUCAAGUACGGCGGCGCGGCGAUGAAGUCGGCGGAGCUGCAGGCGUCGGUGAUCCGCGACCUGGUCCUGCUGUCCUGCGUCGGCCUCCGCCCCGUGCUCGUCCACGGCGGCGGGCCCGAGAUCAACUCCUGGCUGGCGCGCGUCGGCGUGGAGCCCCAGUUCCGGAACGGGCUCCGCGUCACGGACGCGGUCACCAUGGAGGUCGUGGAGAUGGUGCUCGUGGGCAAGGUCAACAAGCAGCUCGUCUCCCUCAUCAGCCUCGCGGGGGCCACCGCCGUCGGGCUGUGCGGCAAGGACGCGCGCCUACUCACCGCGCGGCCCUCCCCCGACGCCGCCUCCCUCGGCUUCGUCGGCGAAGUGACGCGCGUGGACCCCGCCGUCCUCCACCCCAUCAUCGCGUCCGGGCACAUCCCGGUCAUCGCCACCGUGGCGGCCGACGAGGCCGGGCAGGCCUACAACAUCAACGCCGACACGGCGGCCGGGGAGAUCGCGGCGGCGGUGGGAGCCGAGAAGCUGCUGCUGCUCACGGACGUGUCCGGCAUACUGGCGGACCGCGACGACCCGGGGAGCCUGGUGAGGGAGGUGGACGUCGCCGGGGUGAGGCGGAUGGUGGCCGAGGGGAAGGUGGGCGGCGGGAUGAUUCCCAAGGUGGAGUGCUGCGUCCGUGCCAUCGCCCAGGGGGUGCGCACCGCCAGCAUCAUCGACGGCCGCGUCCCGCACUCGCUGCUGCUCGAGAUACUCACGGACGAGGGCACCGGCACCAUGAUCACCGGCUAAAGCUGGAUUAUUAUUUGUUAGCAAGAGGGGAUUAGUCGUGAGUGUGUGUGACACAUUGACAUUGGUCUGAAUUGUUUUGCACACGCACCCAACGGUCUGUUUUUCGCGAACGAAAGAUGUGAUAGUGAACUGAACCAAAUCAAACUUUAUUUAUACAAAGAAUUU